CCUGUGUUCAAACAAUGUUUGCAAUUCAUACUCGACGUAUUUUAGCAGUAUAGUGAUUCAAAUGUUUGAUAGAACCAAGCAAUGUAAUUUAUCACACAAAAUGAUGAUUCGCCUAAAUAAUUUUUUGUACGUUUUUAAUUUACGUCAAGGCACUAUUCUUAUUGCCGUCCAUCAAAUCGCACUAUCGUCAUUUAUUUUGAUAAUAUUACUGGUGGGAAUUUCACAUGUGGGAGAAAUGCUUUCGAUGUUACACAAUGAUAUGGAAGACGAUGCUGAGCGCCGAGGGUUCUACGAGGUGGCCUAUGGGGAACAACUUACUUUCCACGAGGGAGAAGUGACGAGCACCAACAAUCAACGUAGAUUCGCUAAAGCCCAACAUCUGGCUUCAGUGACGGUGAUAUUUCUAUACACAAGCACGAUCUUGACGUCCAUAUACCUGAUGUGCUGCAUCUCGCUGCUGCACGGCGCAGUGAAGUACAAGCGCGAGUACGUGCUACCAUGGAUCAUGGCGGCGUGUGUGGGCGUCGUACUGCUCAUCGUAGCGAUCAUAGUCGGCGACGGGUACCCUUGUGUGGUCAAUCUCUUCGGAGGACACAAUCUUUACCACUUCGGUUGUGCGCUGUUCGUGCUGACGUUCAUCUACGCGAUCUGCGCGGUGAGCAGCUUCGCGCUGGAGACGGGCGCGCGCUGCGGCCGGCGCCGUUCGGGCGAGGAGCGCGGCGAGCGCCUGCUGCUGCUCGACCACGCCGCGCACUCCAGCCUGCUCUCCGCCGCGCAGCUCAACAAGCUCUCGCACGGCACGCGCACACAGUUCGUCUGAACACCGUUACUGAUAUGUGGUUCUCUAUUUUGCCUUGAAUAUGUUGUACAAUUACUUUUUAUGUUUGAAAAGUUGAAAGCCUUAAAUGCCUUAUUGUAAUUUAUUGAUCUCAAUGUAUUUCUUUUUAUUUCGUUGUGUCAUAUGCACAAUUAUCCCUUUAUUUUUUAAGUGUAGUUUUAAGCUAGGUGUAAAUGCCUUAUGAAAACCACUAACAAAAGUUGCUUCAUAUAUUUUAAUCUUGCUAUAAUCAAAAGAAGUUGCCUAAUGAGAAAUUAUGUUUUUACGUCCAUUUAGCAUAUUAGGCAAUAUUUGCUUAGUCACAAGUGCAAA